AUAGAAGUGUGGAAAAUGUCUCAUGCCACGGCAGAUGACAACAAGCCGAGUUAUGCCGUCUUCGUUGGAGGUCUUGGAUCGGCAUCGGCUAUAAUAUUCUCAUCGCUGGGUGCUGCCUAUGGCACGGCUGUGUCCGGUGUUGGUAUUGCAACAAUGGCUCUAAGCAAACCGGAGCUGAUAAUGAAGUCCAUCAUUCCCGUGGUCAUGGCUGGCAUUAUAGCCAUCUAUGGUCUGGUUGUCGCUGUUCUUAUAGCCGGCUCCCUCAACCAUGAUUAUACCAUUCAAAAGGGCUACAUUCAAUUGGGAGCUGGACUUUCUGUGGGCUUAGCCGGACUGGCAGCUGGUGUUGCCAUUGGCAUCGUUGGAGAUGCCGGAGUUCGGGGAACGGCUCAGCAGCCGCGUCUAUUUGUGGGCAUGAUUCUGAUAUUGAUCUUUGGCGAGGUAUUGGGUCUAUAUGGUCUGAUUGUGGCUAUUUAUUUGUAUACCAGAAAUUAGAUUACUUAAUAUAAAUAACGAUUCUUUACUCUU